ACAGAAAGGGUGGGCUCGGUUUUUGCUGAGGCUUUCCAUGUGUAGUGAAUGUCAUCUGUGGACCCAUUCUGAGUGAGAGAGGCUGGGCAAAAGGGAUGGAUAGAGACUGUGCAUCUCUGUACUAGUUCCUGCUCUAACUUACUGUGCUGGAACGCUGUGAGUGUGUGAUUAUUAUUCUCUUUCUCUCUCUCACUCUCUCUCUCUCUCUCUCACUCUCUCUCUCUCUCUCUCUCUCUCUCUCUCUCUCUCUCUCUCUCUCCCUCCCUAACGCAAUUCAGUGCCAACUGACAACCAAACAUUCUGAAGCCGUGCUGAAGAGAUUCCCAAAACCAGCUCAAUCUAUCUCUCUCUCUCUCUCUCCCUCUCUAUCUCUCUCUCCCUAUCUCUCUCUCUCUCCGUGUGUUAGCACACCAGCUGAAAAAGUUCAACACCAGAGAUCAACAAGUGAAUGCUCAGCUAACGCAACAGUUGUUCACUGUUCAUUGAGAGAGAAAAAAAGAUCCAAUACCAGGGUGACUAUUCAUCUUCCUCCCAGCCGGAGUCCUGGCGGAGCGGGCGCUGGAUUCGAACAUGAGCGAGCGGCAGACCAACGUCAACAGCCUCUUCCUCAACGAAGACUCGGGCAACAGGAGCCCUGCGGACAGCAGGGUCCAACGGUUGCAGAAGGCCCUCAGGAAACGGGCUGGCCGGGCCAAGAAAAGCCUCAGCGACAUCAGCGGGCGGGACAUCCUGGGCUUCUUCAAGAGAAACGCCUUUGUCCUUCUCACCAUCUUUGCGGUCAUUCUGGGUAUCAUUCUAGGCUUCAUCCUGCGCCCCUACAAGUUCACCUACCGUGAGAUCAAGUAUUUCUCCUUCCCGGGCGAGCUCCUGAUGCGAAUGCUGCAGAUGCUGGUGCUGCCACUCAUCGUGUCCAGUCUAGUCUCCGGAAUGGCGGCUCUGGACAGCACGGCGUCUGGGAAGAUGGGGAUGCGAGCGGUGGUCUACUACAUGACCACCACCAUCAUCGCGGUCUUUGUCGGCAUCAUCAUGGUGAUGAUCAUCCACCCUGGCAAAGGGUCAAAGGUCGACCUGCACCGGGAGGGGAAGAUCGAGCGGGUGCAGGCCGCAGAUGCCUUCAUGGAUCUCAUCAGGAAUAUGUUCCCCCCCAAUCUAGUGGAGGCUUGUUUCAAGCAGUACAAAACAAAUUACAUCACGCGACCGAUCCUGAGGCCGACAUCGAUCAACCUCACAACAGCAACGGAGCCGUCCAUCGUUGACAAUGUAACGAAUGCGGUCAGAAAGCUGCAGGAGCUGAUGCUGUCCGAGGAGAUCAUUCCAGUUGCGGGCUCGUCCAACGCGGUGAAUGCCCUGGGUCUCGUGGUCUUUGCGAUUGCCUUUGGCCUGGUCAUCGGCAACAUGAAGCAACACGGCCGGCCAUUGAAGGAAUUCUUCGACAGUCUUAACGAAGCCAUCAUGAGGCUGGUCGCAAUUAUAAUCUGGUACGCGCCGAUAGGCAUCCUCUUCCUGAUCGCGGGCAAGAUCGUGGAGAUGCAGGACCUGAGCGUGAUGGGUGGGCAGCUGGGGAUGUACACGGUGACGGUUGUCGUUGGGCUGCUCAUCCACGCGCUGGUCGUCCUGCCCCUGCUUUACUUUGCCGUCACUCGCAAGAACCCCUGGGUCUUCAUCGGUGGCAUCCUGCAGGCCCUGAUUACAGCCCUCGGCACUUCAUCCAGCUCAGCCACUCUCCCAAUCACCUUUAAAUGCCUGGAAGAAAACAAUGGUGUGGAUAAACGUGUCACCCGCUUUGUCUUGCCUGUUGGAGCCACCAUUAACAUGGACGGCACGGCGCUCUAUGAAGCCCUGGCUGCCAUCUUUAUUGCCCAGGUCAAUAACUACGACCUCAACUUUGGGCAGAUCAUGACCAUCAGUAUCACGGCGACUGCAGCCAGCAUCGGGGCGGCGGGCAUUCCUCAGGCAGGCCUCGUUACCAUGGUGAUCGUUUUAACAUCAGUCGGACUUCCCACUGAGGACAUCACCCUCAUUAUCGCCGUGGACUGGUUCCUGGACCGUCUGCGGACCACCACCAACGUGCUGGGGGACUCGCUAGGGGCCGGCAUCGUGGAGCACCUCUCCAGACACGAGCUUCACACCAACGACACGGAAGUGGGGAACUCCGUCAUUGAAGAGAAGGAGAAAGCCUAUCAGCUGAUCUGUCAGGAACACGAAAACCAGAAGCAUGUGGACAGUGAGACAAUAAUGUGACUGGGACCGUUACAGGCCCAACCCAAGACAUCAACACACAAACAACAACCAUGUCAAUUGUGCGCCCGUCCGCACGUUCCUAAUCUAACUAGCCAGCAACGAAAAAAAUCUAAACUAGCUAAUUACUUCAGCAAGUAUCCCUGCAAAAUUAGGGGCAGACCUGUACGCAUGUGUUUGUCACGUGUGCUGUCCGUGUUAGUGCGUGUGCGUGUGUGCGUGUACACAUGGCGCCCAUGUUUGUGCGUGUAACACACUGCCAUUGUUCACUGCUAGCUGCGUUUAUGUGUGUUUAUAUAAUCAUUUCUGUGCAGGUGGACACCUCAUCAGAGCUGCAGUUCAUCAGUUCAUGUGUAGAGUCAUAGACUCAUAGCCAUAGAGGGCGUGGCAACAGGCCCAGCAGCCUGACUUGCCCCAUCAAUAUACAGUAUGUAUCCCUGACACUGAUGGACUCAACACAUGACUUCACCAACAGCUCCUCAUACACGAGCCUUGCGUAUAUUCACACGACAACGAAUGCAGUCCUUUGACCACGGUUCCAGACACAGAGCGAUACAGAGUAGAAACAUGCCUAUUUCGCCCCAACUUGCCCAUGCUGACCAACAUGCCCCAUCCACACUAGUCCCAACAUCGGUUCAUAUAUGUGUGUGUGUGUGUGUGUGCGUUACAUGCAUCAACCGUGUUCAUGCGUGUGUACAAGUCUCUCCGCCUUUGCGUGUCUUUGUACAUGCGUGUGUGUGUGUGUGGGGGGUUUUUAAACUGGAAAGGGUCACUUUUUAAACCGGUAACCCCCCCCAGGAGCUCGUUCUCUCGUAGCUGGGAGAGGAGUCCUCUUGCACGCGCUGGGCGUAAAAUCAUAAAUAUGUUCCUGGCUCUGCUCUCCACGGCGUACCAUAGAACUCGGAUCCCUGAGCCAGAACGGGAGUCGACUUUCACUAGAAACACUUGAAGAAGACACACAUGAAAUGGACAGUGAGAGGGCAGGGGGUGGGGGUGAGAGUCGAUUGCCAUUCAGUGCGCAUGGCGGGCUGGACAGACUCCAGCUGUACUGGCAUUUCUGUGGUCGCCCUGUGAUAUUUCCUGGUUGUAAACUGGUCAGAUCGCUCUGUGUCGGCAGAUAUCUAACCGGGAGUUUCCUUCACCCAUUGCAAGUCACGUGGGGACUGUUGCUGGAUGGUGCUGUGCAAAGGUCCUACAGCGAGCAAGAUAGGCCACUCGACGAAAAAGACAUAGUACGGUCAUGGGCAGAUUCAUGGGUAAUUAAAGGCCCCAUUUCCGUAACCGGCUUCCGUCUCCGCACCAAAGAUCCCGUAGCGGAGCAAAGAUACUAGUGCGGAGACGGAAGCCGGUUACGGAAACAUCCUCGUAAAAAUAAAAGUUAUUUGGUAAAAAUCUUCUCCUCAUUCUCAGAAUUUUAAUUUAUUAACACAAUCUGUUCCCCCGCAACGUUGAUUACACUGCGAGUCGGGUCGGGUCGGGUUCGGUUACGGAAAUGGAUGAAAAAAAUGCCCACGUUCCGCUCCAUUGCGUACUACACGUCAGCCCAUUGCGUUUAGCAGGAGUGGACUAUCUUGCUCCACUAUAGGAUCUUUGGUGCAGUGACCGUUCGAAUGUUAGGAGUGGGGUUUGGCUUGGUGUGGGAGUGUAAUGCAUGUGAUGGUGGAACAGCAGCCCCCACUUCGAACGCCAUUCUGGUUUUAGAUCCAUCAGACACCCCCCCCCUCUCCCCAAGACAAUGGUGACCAUCAAGCUAGCCAGCGCAACGAUUCCUGCCUUCCACAGCUCGAGAGGCCGAUGGAAGAGGGGGGUAUUAUUAAGGCAGAAGUUGAUAGAUUGUUGAUUUGUACGGGUGUCACAGUUAUGGGGAGAAGGCAGGAGAACGCGGUUGAGAGGGAGAGAUAGCCCACCGAGACCACUCUAACCAGCGACUCCCACACACACUAACACUAUCCUACACACACUAGGGACAAUUUUUACAUUUGCACCAAGCCAAUGAACCUACAAACCCUGUACGUCUUUGGAGUGUGGGAGGAAACUUAGAAACAUAGAAAAUAGGUGCAGGAGUAGGCCAUUCGGCCCUUCGAGCCAGCGCCGCCAUGCAACAUCAUCAUGGCUGAUCAUCCAAAAUCAGUACCCCGUUCCUGCUUUUCUCCCCAUAUCCCUUGAUUCCGUCAGCCCGAGGAGCUAAAUCUAACUCUCCCUUGAGAUCAGCCACCAUUGAUUGAAUGGCGGAGUAGACUCAAUGGGCCGAAUGUCCUAAUUCUGUUCCCAUCAUGUACUUAUGAACGGGACGUAUAUAAGGCUCCAGAACCAGUGCGAUGAAAUUUCUGAUUUUUUUAAUGUUGGGAACUCCGGUGUAACAAAGUUGAAACUGUUUAAGAAAGAACUGCAGAUGCUGGAAAAAUCGAAGGUAGAUAAAAAUGCUGGAGAAACUCAGCGGGUGAGGCAGCGUCUAUGGAGCGAAGGAAUAGGUGACGUUUCGGGUCGAGACACUUCCGGGUGAGGCAACAUCGAUGGAGUGAAGGAAUAGGUAACGUUUCGGGUCGAGACCCUUCUGGGUGAGGCAGCAUCUAUGGAGCGAAGGAAUAGGUGACGUUUCGGGUCGAGACACUUCCGGGUGAGGCAACAUCGAUGGAGUGAAGGAAUAGGUAACGUUUCGGGUCGAGACCCUUCUGGGUGAGGCAGCAUCUAUGGAGCGAAGGAAUAGGUGACGUUUCGGGUCGAGACCCUUCCGGGUCUCGACCCGAAACGUCACCUAUUCCUUCGCUCCAUAGAUGCUGCCUCACCCGCUGAGUUCCUCCAGCAUUUUUGUCUACCUUUAAGCUGAAAGUGCGGCAAGAUUGGGAGAUGUAUUCUACCCGCCCUGUCUCCAUUAACCCCUCUCACAUUUCCAAAUCAUCUCGACCUCCGAGCAAGGAGCCCACAAUAUUCCCCUCCUUCAUUACAUAUGUCCUGUCUUAUUUAUCAUGCUUUCUGAUCAUCGGGCCAGACAUGGGGCUACGCUCAAUGUAAUUCAUUAGUUCUCGGAACCAACAAACCCUGGCUCACUAAUCAGCCAGGGUUAGGCAGACACAGAGUCGGGGGCAGGUUGAACGAUCUUAAUUCUGCCCCCGAUUCAUUGUGUUAAGACAGCUCCUUAACCUCUGCACACGAACAUUCGUGGAGACACUUUAUGCAAAAGGCAAGUAAAAUCUUUAGGUAUUACAAAAAUAACGUUUGCUAAUCUACAGACAGUGUCGUUGUCAGAUGGUGUAAAAUGUACGAUAUGUGUGAUGUAUUUCUAAUCUCUAAGUGAUAUUGGCAUAAGAUCCGAAACAUGUACUCAAAUCCAAUCAAAACGUUGUACUCCCAUAAUGUUUUGUAAGUAAAGUCUUCUCUGUUCCUCCAUGA